AUGGCAACGGUAGAAAGAUCGAUAGAUUCAGAUAUCAACCUCUAUGAUGAAUUACAGAUAGCCAUUCUCUCGAAGGAAGAUUUGAACAAUGUCUCUAUCUCCCAGCUCAGGAAACAAUAUAGACAGAUGGCACUAAAGUACCAUCCAGAUAAAAGUACAGCACCCAAUGCGCAAGAAAAGUUCCUCAAGAUUAAGCUGGCUUUUGACGUUCUAUCGGAUUCCGAUUCCAGAAAAAGGUAUAACCAGUGGUUCCAAAAACGUCAUUUUGGUGAUGAGCAUAGAAGGUUGCAGAUCAAAAGGCUGAAGCAAAGAGAAGCACAACAAAAAUCACUAGAUAUAGUUGAUCCAAGUGAACUUCAGCGUAUUCAAGAAUAUGGACAGCACCUAAGAAAACUUCUCCACUUCAAACAGCCAUACGGUGACUGGAAGAAUGUUCAUUUUGAGUCACGUGAUACACGUCAUACACUAAGAGAAUCAUGUACCUUACGUAUCGCCUUGAAACAGAACGCAACGACAAGAAACAAACAGACAAUGAAACAGCUAUUCAAGGAUGCCAAUUUUCCAGUUGUAGAUAUGUUUUUCUCGUCAAGAAACGUUGAAACCGACGAUGAACAUGUGCUCUACACGGUCAUGCACGAUUUGGCUGCUACAACUGACUUAUUAAAUAAUUGGACCGAGAAAGACACACUAAAAAGCUAUAUAUCUGGCAUAAGGCCAUACGUGAAUGUGGAAUACUUCCAUUUCGAAGGUACUGUUAAACUGGAUAGCUCAAUUAUGGAUAAGGUGGGCAUAGAUCCUCAGGUAAUCGUGUAA